AAAAAAAAGUUAUUCCUGAAACCUCAGAAUAGACCCACCUUGCCAAGGCUUUCCUUAUGGGUAAGGACCUUAUGGACCUGCUGGAACCCAAAUUAGGCCUCACCUGAUAUGACCUGUCCUUCUCCAAACACCUAAACUUGGGAGAACAUUGUCCCCCAGUGCUGGGGCAGGAGAGUCUGCCUGUUAUUCUCCCUCUACGCAGAGAAGGAGCCCCAGAUCAGCUUUUCCACGUCAGGACAGUUUCCAAGAUGCCACCUGUACUUGGAAGAAGCCAGGUUAAAAUAGUUUUCAAGUCAAACUUUCUUGAUAUUACUCUAUCUUUCCCCAGGAGGACUGCAUCACAACAAAUUCGGACACCUGUGGCCUCUCUCUUCUAUGCAAAGCAAAAAGCCAGCAGCAGCCCCAAGCUGAUAAGAUUAAUCUAAAGAGCAAAUUAUGGUGUAAUUUCCUAUGCUGAAACUUUGUAGUUAAUUUUUUAAAAAGGUUUCAUUUUCCUAUUGGUCUGAUUUCACAGGAACAUUUUACCUGUUUGUGAGGCAUUUUUUCUCCUGGAAGAGAGGUGCUGAUUGGCCCCAAGUGACUGACAAUCUGGUGUAACGAAAAUUUCCAAUGUAAACCCAUUUUCCCUCGGUUUCAGCAAUUUUAAAUCUAUAUAUAGAGAUAUCUUUGUCAGCAUUGCAUCGUUAGCUUCUCCUGAUAAACUAAUUGUCUCACAUUGUCACUGCAAAUCGACACCUAUUAAUGGGUCUCACCUCCCAGCUGCUUCCCCCUCUGUUCUUCCUGCUAGCAUGUGCCGGCAACUUUGUCCACGGACACAACUGCGAUAUCGCCUUACAGGAGAUCAUCAAAACUUUGAACAGCCUCACAGAGCAGAAGACUCUGUGCACCGAGUUGACCGUAACGGACAUCUUUGCUGCCUCCAAGAACACAACUGAGAAGGAAACUUUCUGCAGGGCUGCGACUGUGCUCCGGCAGUUCUACAGCCACCAUGAGAAGGACACUCGCUGCCUGGGUGCGACUGGACGGCAGUUCCACAGGCAGCACAAGCAGCUGAUCGGAUUCCUGAAACGGCUCGACAGGAACCUCUGCGGCCUGGCGGGCUUGAAUUCCUGUCCUGUGAAGGAAGCCAACCAGAGUACGUUGGAAGACUUCUUGGAAAGGCUAAAGACGAUCAUGAGAGAGAAAUAUUCAAAGUGUUCGAGCUGAAUAUUUUAAUUUAUGAGUUUUUAAUAGCUUUAUUUUUUAAAUAUUUAUAUAUUUAUAACUCAUCAUAAAAUAAAGUAUAUAUAGAAUC